AUGGACAUUCAAGUAUACCCUUUUGAUUCCUGUGGUGGAUUUGCUGAUAGGUUCAGUAAUUCUGAUAAUUCUUUGAUGGAUGUGGUCCUGGAAGGAGGGAAUGGGUGGAAACAAGAUCAAGUGCAUGGAGUGGAAGAUUGGGGACAGUUUCAGGGAACUGAUUCCCUUGGUUCUGAUUAUGGGUUUUAUGAAGAUGAUGGAUUUAUUUUCUCCAAGCAUCUGCAACAAGAACGCCAACUGCAGUCAAUUUUGGGUUAUGGACUUCUUGACAAUCUAAGGUUUGAUGUCUUUUCUCCCCCACUUGAAGCAUGCAGGGAGAAUAUUGUAGAGCCCAGUGAGACCUCCAAUGGAAUUCAAGAUGUUGUGACGCCCAAGAAGGAAAAUAGGUAUCCACAAUCUUUAGCAUCACUUGCGCUGCUUACAAGUCAAGUUGAUGUUGUGCCCUUGCUUAACAAUCCCUUUAAUCUUUCCUUCUCUGGACUCUCUAAAGAGGAAAUAGAAGAUGUAGAGCUUGUUGAUAUCCUUCUAACUGCUGCGGGGAAGGUGCACUGCCAAGAAUUUGAACUUGCAAUCAAAUUACUCAGCAGGUGUGAUCAGUUUUCUUCCAUUAAUGGAAAUCCUGUUCAACGAGUAGCUUAUUAUAUCUCUGUAGCUCUUCAAGAGAAGAUUGAUCAAGAAUUGAAGGGCUUGAGAAAGGAUGUUUCAUUUGACAUGGAACAGAUAGUGAUGGAUGCUAUCUCUGCGAGCAUAGCUUAUCGCCAAAAAGUUCCCUUUUGUCAGGUCGAACAAUUUGCUGGAAUUCAAGCCAUUAUAGAAAACGUGGCUGAGGCAAAGAAGGUUCACAUAAUUGAUCUUGGCAUAAAAUGUAAAAGGUUAAUGGGUUUUGCCCAAACCAUGAACUUACCAUUCUCUUUUAGGGCUGUCACAAUAUCAGACACCCUUGACCUCAAAGAAGAUCAAUUUGAGCUUGAUAAUGAAGAAACACCGGAUCGUCUUGAUCAUUUUAUGGGAGUAAUCAGAAACAUGAAUCCAUGUAUAAUGGUGGUCAUUGAAGUUGAGGCAAAUAUAAACUCAACAGCAUUUGUGAGCCAUUUUAUUGAGGGUCUUUUCUAUUAUAGUGCAUAUUUUGAUUGCUUUGACGCUUGUAUGGAAAGGUAUGAUAAAAACAGGAUCAAUAUAGAAAAACUCUUAAAUAAAGGAAUCAGGUGUGUUGUGGUGGCUGAUGGAAAUGAACAGAGAACCCGCCAUGUGAAGAUUGACGUUUGGAGGGCUUUCUUUUCCCGUUUUAGGAUGAAGGAGAAAGAUCUUAGUAUGUCUUCCUUGUACCAAGCAGAUCUGAUGGCUCAGUUUCAGCAUAUGCAUCUCUCGGUUGCCGAAAAACGAUUGUUUAUUGGUCAGGAACUCAGGGGACAUAUCUGGACAUCCUAUUUGCAACAAGUUGUUGUCUGUACUCUUAAAGGGAUCAAUUUUCUGAUUGUGAUGGCGUUGAUAUACAGGAACUAUCAUUGGGUGAUGCAGGCGGCCUUGUAA